AUGAUUCCUCAGCCUGUUUCAAAUGCAGCAAAAAAGAAGUCCAUGUGCUGGAGGGUGGCAACAAAUGACAGUGGGAAGUGUAAAUUAUCACAGUUAUCUGGCUAUGAGGUGGUUGAAUUUGAUCAUAACACCAACAUAAGUUACAAAUGUAGUGGAAGAUCAGAGUACAAACACUCAAUCUGCAUCAAUGGAAGAUGGGAUCCUGAAGUAGCCUGCACAGAGCUACAAACACAGUCAUGUCCACCACCACCUCAUCCCAAUGCUCAAGAUAUGACAACCACAGUGAAUUACCAGGAUGGAGGAAAAAUAUCCAUUCUCUGUCAAGAAGAUUAUGUAAUUCAGGAUUCAGAAGAAGUUGUGUGUAAAGGUGGAAGAUGGCAGUCAAUACCACGCUGUGUUGAAAAGAUUCCAUGUUCUCAACCACCUCAUAUAGAACAUGGAAUCAUGAGAGCAUCUAAGUCUUCAGAAGAAAGGGAAGAAACCUUUAAUUCCAGCCUUUAUGUACAUGGCACUAAAUUAAGUUAUAUUUGCAAAGAUGGUUUUAGGAUAUCUGGAGAAGAUGGGAUAACAUGCUACAUGGGAAAAUGGAGUUCUCCACCUCAGUGUGUAGAGUCUAAAAGAAAAUGUGGGCCCCCUCCACCUAUUGCCAAUGGAGAAAUCAUUUCAUUGCCAUUACCAGUAUAUGCUCCAGGAUCAUCAGUCGAGUAUCAAUGCCAGGCCUUGUAUACACUUCGGGGAAACAGGAAUAUAAUAUGUAGUAAUGGACAGUGGUCAGAAGCACCAAAAUGCUUGGGCCCCUGUGUGACAUCAGAAGAAAUCAUGAGAACACAUAAAAUACAGUUACGAUGGACUGACGAAAAACGACUUUAUUUAAAAAUAGGGGACAUUGUUGAAUUUCUGUGUAUGUAUGGAUAUAGUAGAAAGACACCAGCGUAUACAUUCCGAGCAAGCUGUCAGGAAGGGAACCUGGUGUAUCCUGUUUGUGGAUAAAACAGUGGUUAAAAUGUAGUCCUAAAAUUAAAAUAUGUACAUUUAUUCAGAAGUUUUCACUAUUAA